AUGGCCGGCUCCCAGCUCAAGCAAUUAAAAGCCGCCUUGAAGGCAAAAGGACUCGUUGGUCAGACCAACGUGAAAAAGAAGAAUAAAAAGAGCGCUCCAUCAGAGACAAGAAAGGAUCAGGAAGAAAAGAAAAGGGCUCUUGGCCAGAUCCACGACGACUUCAACCUCUUCGAUAACAAAAUAAAUCGUGCCAAACACGACUAUACUAUUAUUCAAGGUGGAAAAUUUGUCAAGGCAGGUUCCAAACAGCAUAAUGACGUCGCUAAGUCGAAAUCGGGCUUGGAAAAGGCAUUGAAAAUGAACUACGAAGCGGACAAGAAGCUUCGUGGCCGCGCAGGUGGACUCGUAGAUCGAAGAUUUGGUGAGAAAAACAAGAAUUUGACAGAGGAGGAGAAAAUGUUGGAGAGGUUUACCAGAGAAAGACAGGCGUCGCUGAAAAAAAAUAUGUUUUCCUUGGAGAGUGAUGACGAAUACGACGAUGACGGUCUUGCGCUUACGCAUUCAGGUAAAGCACUUUCGUUCGAGCAGGAUUUUGAUGAGGGUGAUUUAGGUGUUUCAGACAAACGUUACGUCGAUGAAGAUAGCGAGCAGCCACCAAAGAAGAAGUCCAAAAAGGAUGUUAUGGCUGAGAUCAUUGCAAAGUCUAAGUAUUACAAAAAACAGAGGCAGAUGGAGUUUCAGAAAACUCAGGAUGAAAUCAUGGACUUGGAUGACGAGUUUGGUGAUGUUCUUCUGGAAAUGAAUAAGCAGAAGGCGGCCAAUAACGCUUUCAAGCAGAAGUCGCAGCAGGAUAUCGAGUAUGAUCAAAAGAUCAGGGAAUUGACGUACGACAGAAGAGCUGUUCCUGCUGUUAGAACCAAGACUGAGGAGGAGUUAACAGCUGAGCAUGAAGAGAAUGAAGAAGCUUGA